UCUCUGUCAUUUCAGGGUUUAAGGGGGAGAAAGCGCUCAUGGCGUCGUCAUUGCGCCCUUAAACCCUAGUCGUAAUCGCGCUCUGCACUCCUCCGCGGGUCGAAGCUUUGAAGCAGGAAACAAUGGACAAGACCAUUCUCGGAGAGCUGGAUUCCCUCGCCGAAGAAGACAAGCUCCGGAUGAGCGCCUUCGUCGAUCGGCUCCAAGCGCGCGACAGCCUAAGGUUGUAUAAUUCUUUGGUGGAGAGAUGCUUUAUCGAUUGUAUCGAUUCUUUCUACCGCAAGUCUCUUGGCAAGCAAGAGGAGAGAUGUGUGCUUCACUGUGCUGAAAAAUUCCUCAAGGUAUCAGCACAUGUUGGAAUGAGACUGGCGGAGCUCAACCAAGCAGAACAGCAAUCAAAUCCAAGAUGACCCUCGCUGAUAGGAAAAAUGCGUUGUCAUUGGCUUUAUUUUUUCCUCCGGAGAAGAGAAGAUCCACAAGGAAUGAGACAGCAUUAUCGUAUUGGGAGUUUGAUGUGGUGAUAGAUAUUCUUGCAUAAGAGUGUAAAAGAAUAGAGGAACACAAUAAUUUAUUGCCACUGACGUGAUUUUAGACGGAAAUUCUUUCUGUAAAGUGAGCGAUAAGUGAUUAGCUUGAAAGGGUCAUGUUUUGAUGACCCAACUUAACAGGCUGAUCUUUUCAAGUAAUGACAUUCCUGUUGUACUUCUUUCUGGAUGCAUUUUAGUGAUGUUUCUGUUUGUUC